AUGGAGUGUCAAGCGAGCGAUAGUAAAACAAUACUGAAAGUAUUCGACGCUUCUAAACGGAAAAGGGAUAGAAAGAAGAAAGGUCAUGAUGACACCAACUCUGUAGUGACCGACGACUCUAACAGCGGACCGAGACAGCAGUCCCUCAGUGUCCCCGGCCCCCGAGAGAGAUAUCCGUCGGGGUCCACGCUCGCCGCGCCGCCACCGCCGCCCACAUUUCAAGUGUCGAGCUACAAAUCUCUGUUAUUUUCCAGUCGGGACGGGCAUUCUCUAGCACUCAAAGCGGGGCACAUGAUGUCUACUCCCCGAUCGAAUUCGCCUCGAGUGGAGGAUAGUUUCGUUGAAAAUAUCCCACAAGACCAGGGGUCCUUCAUCUACGCCGUUUUGGAAGAAGCGAUCAAACGUGAUAAAAAGAAGCACCGGCACUCACGUCGGUAUGACGAGCUCCGCAGGAGUCGGGACCGUGACCGCGAGCGCGAUCGGGACCGAGAUUGCGACCACGAGUCGUCGACGCGUGAGCAUCGCCACCAUCGCCACCGGCGUCGCGACGACAAUAUACCCUCGCGGGAUUACGACAAGCCGGCGAGAGAUCCUCCAGUUGCACCGGCCAUCGAUCAGGCUUUACUAUUUGAAACGUUCGCCAAGUUUUGCACAAAGAUGACUGACAACACUACACCAGUUCCGCAUGUCAACCCCAGUGAAGUGGCUCGCUCGCAAAGUCACAAAUCGCUGCAAUGCGAAGUGGUGACGCGCCAGAACCUUUACGACGUGGAAGAGCGGCCGGUGCGGCUUCGUAGCCGCGAGCCUUCCCGCGACCUGGUCGUGGCCUCGUCGCGCGCUAAAGUACGGAGCCGCGAGGACAUCCACGACGUGAAGCCGCGCGGCUACACUCCCACUAGGAUGACGGAAGACCGCAGAGAUAAAUACGGACCGCCGCCGGGCAGCAAGCCACCACCCAAGUACGCAAGCAAACUAGAUGUGGCGGGGUCGAGGGUGCGCGAUGUGGAAGAGGAGCGGUACCGCGAGUACCAGCCGGUGUGCGCGAGCGCCAGCUGCACCGACCACGAGUACCGGCGCGAGCCCGACCGCCGCGAAUACCGCGAGUACGAACCGCGCCGCGACCGCGACCCCAUGCGCGAGAGGAGGAGUUUCGACGACGACAGGAGGAAGUUCUGCGAGCAGAAGAUGAGCAGGAGCUUCGACGUACAGAGGGAAGGAUAUCCUGAAGAUGAACGCUUCCGCAGAACUGCCAGAAGCGAGUCCUAUAGGAAACGCUUUGAAGAAACGAGAGACGUGCGCGACAAACGAUACGAUGAUCGGGAGGUGCGAGAUAGACGUUACGAGGACCGCCGGGACAAGUACUACGAGGAGAGGGACAAAGAGAGUCGCGAGCGCAAACACGUGGCCAGUAGAGACCGCCGCUCUAAGAGGAAUCUGGAGCGUUUCGAGAGAACUUCCACUGCCUCGAGGGAAGAAGACUUCAGAGAGCGGGACAGAUACUCGGAACGGGAACGAGACUCUGGGCUGAGCGUCGCUGAUGGCGAAACUAGUACCAUAAGUGGGAAAAGCAACUACUUAAGAGUGGUGAAGCAAGAGAUCGCUGAGCAACGUGACGCUAUGGACAAGAUGAUGAAGUUGUGGAAGGAACUAAUGCGUUGCUUCAAGGGCCUCUCCCAGAACCAAGGGCAAGAUAAAGCUAUUCACGAGUCUGCAGCGACAGUUCAAGAGUCAGCGGCGGCGCAGCUCCGGCUGUGGCGCGAGUGCAUGCGGCGGUACGAGACGGUGGCGCGCGACGUGGGCGACACGGACGCGCGGCUCAUGGAGGAGAUCACCAAGCAGCGCUCCGAGAUGGCCGAGAUGGCCACCAUGUGGCAGGAGUGCCUGCAGCGCUACAGGGACAUGAGCAACGACUUCAACAACCUCAAGAGACAGUUGACCAGUGAGAGUCCGCAGCGCGCGCCGCCGCCGCCGCCGAUGGUAUGCCCCGAGGGCGAGGGGAGCGCCCCCGCGCCGCCCUACCGCGUCGCGCCGCCCUACCCUACGCCACCGCAAAUGGCUAUGGCGGGGUUUCCGGGGUCGCCGCUGCGGACGCGCGCGUCGGCCCCGCCGGCGUGGUGGUGGUGCGGCGAGCAGCAGCCGCCGCCGCCACCCCGCCGCCGCUCCUCCCCCGAGUCACGCGCCUCGCGGUCCCGCGACCGCCGCCAUCGGCACAAGGACAGAGAUGAGUCAAGGUACAAGGAGAAGGCGCCGUCCAAACCGAAUGCAGCGCGAUCGGAACAUAGGCAUAGGAAAAGGUGAAGAUUACACUCAAUAAGAAAAGUAAAGAAAAUGUUUGAAAUUUUUGUAUAUUAUCGUAUCUUGUAAUUAAAAUAAGAAUAAGAAAGUACUUAAAAAUUAGAAGAUAUUGGAAUAACAAUUUAAAAAUUCUUGUGUCUUUCGAAAGUUUGUCAAA